AUGAAUAAAAUUGUCAAGAAGCUGUUGAAACGGCAGCUUGACAAAGCCAAAGGAGCCUGGCCGGAAAAGCUUCCAGAGGCGCUAUGGACCAUCCGGACAUCCUACCGAACGGCAACUGGGGAAACACCAUUCUCCAUGGCUUUCGGUACAGAGGCGGUAGUCCCAGUAGAAAUCGGAGAGCCUUCCUACCGAACGGAAACCUUCGCACCGAAAGCGAAUGAGGAGGCGCUUGCUUUGAGCCUCGACCUGCUCGAAGAACGCCGAGCACAAGCCAACCUUCGAAACGAAGCUUACAAGCAACGCGUCUCUCGGUACUAUGACUCCAUGGUCAGAUCCCGCUCUUUCCGAAUCGGAGAUUGGGUCAUGCGGAAAGUCUCUUUGGCGACCAAGAAUCCCACGGAAGGAACCCUCGGAUCUUCCUGGGAGGGACCCUAUGAAAUCAUCGGUAUCCAGCGAUCGGGGACAUAUCGACUCAGAGACUCCAACGGAAAGACCCUCGGUCAUCCUUGGAACGUAGAGCAUUUGAAGUACUACUUCAAAUGA